CCCCGGGAACAUGGCGGCGGCGGCAGCGGCCGGGCCCGCGCUGGCCGCGGCCUUCGCGCUGCUCAUCGUGCUGCUGCUGCUGCUGCUGGCGGCCGCCGCCCGCCGCGCCGCUCCCCCCGCAGCCCCGCCGGACCGCCCCGAGGCGAACGGCGAGGCCGCCGCCAGGCCGCAGGAGCGCAGGAAGGCGAAGCAGCCGCCGCGGGCCCGGCGGGAGAAGCCGCAGCAGCACAGUUUCACCCACCAGCUCUUGGUCGCCACCCUCAAGGGCCACAGCGGCUCCGUCUCCUGCCUCGACUUCAGCAGCAAUGGCAAGUACCUGGCGUCGUGCGCAGACGACCGCACGGUGCGGCUGUGGAGCACCCGGGACCUGGCGGGGCGGGAGCACCGCUGCCUGCGGGCCAACGUGGGGCUGGACCACGCCGAGCUCGUCCGCUUCAGCCCGGACUCACGGGCAUUCAUUGUCUGGCUGGCAAAUGCAGAGACUAUUCGUGUCUAUAAAAUGACUAAAAAGGACGAUGGCAGCUUCACCUUCACUGCAGCUGCUGGGGACUUCCCAAAGAAGCACAAGGCUCCUGUCAUCAACAUCGGAAUUGCAGAGACAGGGAAGUUUAUCAUGACAGCUUCCAGUGACACUACCAUCCUGAUAUGGAGCCCCAAGGGUGAAGUCCUGGCCAGCAUCAACACAAACCAGAUGAACAAUGCCUUUGCCAUGGUGUCUCCCUGUGGGAGGUUUGUGGCGUCCUGUGGCUUCACCCCCGAUGUGAAGGUGUGGGAGGUGUGUUUUGGCAAGAACGGAGACUUCCGGGAGGUGAGCAGGGCGUUUGAGCUGAAAGGCCACACUGCUGGUGUCUGCUGCUUCUCCUUCUCCAAUGACUCAAGGAGGAUGGCAACCGUGUCCAAGGACGGGACGUGGAAGCUGUGGGACACGGCUGUGCAGUACAAGCAGCAGCAGCAGCCGGCCGUGCUGCUGACGGGGAGCUGCGAGGGGCCGGAGCCGCACCGCAUCGCCCUGGCGCCCGACGGCCGCGUCCUGGCCGUGUCCAGCGGCGCAGACAUCGCCGUGUACAGCACCGGCAGCGGCCGGCAGGAGGAGCAGUUCCGGGCCGUGCACGGCAGCGCCGUCACCGACCUGGCCUUCGACAGCACGGGCCGGUACCUGGCGUCCUGCGGCGACAGCGCCAUCCGCGUCUUCCACAACACGGCCGGGCACAGGGCGGUGCUGCAGGACAUGGAGACGCUGCUGCAGAGAACCGGCACCAAAGCCACGCGGGACAGGCUGCAGCAGCAGCUCAGCAGCGCCCGCCAGGCGCUGGCAGCCAUCUAUGGCAGGAAGCACUGACCCUGCUCCCGGCCUGCUGGAGGGUUUUAUAUCAACACUCAUUGACUUGUAAUAAAUGGCAGCACAGGC